AUGAACGAGCAUAAAGCAUCAUCAUUAGCACGAAAGAAAAAGAAGUUACAUCGUGUUCCAAAAAUGUCAACCGAAGCGCAAAUUGUGCUACAAGAGAUACGUUCUGUGAAUAGACAAUCACACGAGGGGUCUGCAGACACAGCUUCAGAGUUGCAGUACUUGGUUGUAUCUCCGAUCACUUGCAAUACAGAUAAAUUACCUAGUAAUUCAAGUACCCUGUCUAGUACACCAAUGAAUCAUAACACAACUCAAGAGUUGACUAAAGUGGCAAGGUUAAAAGAUAUUGAGUAUCCGUUUGUCCUCACACUGCCAGGAUUUGAUAUAAGAUACAAUAUGGCUGCACUGAGGCCUGUCCGGGAAUCCCCGCAAGAAAGAGAAAGAAAUAGCUGUAUACAGAAGAAGUCGAUUGCCAAAUGUAUGGAGUGGUUGCAGAGGACAUGA